AUGGAGGAGGUGAAGGACCAAGCCUGUGCAUCCACGCACUUCAUGAACGGGAAGAGCUGUGAGGAACAAUCAAUCAAGAAAUUACCUACCUUGAUUCACUCUGGAUUAGUGGCUGUUUAUGGCACAGUUGUUUUGAAUCAGAUAGUUCUCUUUUUGGGAACAGAUGAUGGACAGUUACUGAAGGCUAUUCUUAAUGAGAAUAUGGAAUCUAAUUGCCCAGAGGUUUUAUACGAAAUUGAGGAAGAAACCUCCAUUUUCCCCAAACUUCGACUUGAUCCAGUAGAUAAUAACUACAUCUAUCUGUCCUCUGCCAAUAAGGUGAGAAGAAUACCAGUUGCAAACUGUGGUAGAUAUGUUUCCAAGCAAGAAUGCUUAUCUGCAAAGGAUCCUUACUGUGGGUGGUGUUCUUUGAAUCAAAGGUGCACAUUAAAAGAAAAUUGUACGAGUUCAAACAGCAUAAAGGGUUGGUAUAACAUUUCACAUGCACCUGAUAAAGAUCUGAAAAUCCUGCUAGAUUUCCCUGCUGAGAAUCAGGUUUCUGUGUCUGCAAACAGAAACAAAAUCCUUACUUCCUGUAUAAUAAAAAUUGUUAAACCUGUUGAAAUAUUUUAUGAAAAUGUAGAGCUGAAAAACUCAUCCUGUUCCUGCAAUCUUACCACUCCGGUGAUAACUGAUGAUGUGGAUGGUGGUGUGACACCAGUGGUGCCCUCAGGCCGCCAGUCCAAAGGCUUGGUGCUGCUCUGGCAUAUCAGCAUUCAUUCCAUUGAACCUUUGUGGAUUUCUACAUUAGGCAAAAGUGAAAUAACGGUCAAAGGAGAAAACUUUACACGUGCAUCAGGCAUAAAACUGAUACUGACUGGAAUCACUGGCUGUAAACCAGAAAUCAUUAAAGUUAGAAAUGUGCUAAACGAUACACAAAUGACAUUUGCACUCCCACCAACACGUAAAGAGGCCAAAAGUGUAUGUAUACAGGCUAAUGGGAAAAAAUGCUCACCACCAAUGACCCUGCAUUAUGUUUCACUGCCAUCAUGUUUUGGAAUCACACCAAAUACCUCCUGGAUCAGCGGUGGUCGCAAAAUUACUCCAAUUGGUAGAAAUUUUAAUGUGGUGGACAGAGUGAUUAUUUCAGAUGACCAGAGAUCAAACCUCACCGUAAACAGGCACUCUGUUGCCUCCUGUUGCAAUUACUUAACACCAAGCCUGAGCCAUGCAACAGAGAGUAAAGUUGUUGAUUUGAUGUUAAAAGUGGACACUACCUUUAUACCAUGUGUCAAAUUACACUAUCACCCUGAUCCUGUGUUCAUUAACUACCAGCUACACACUGAACUGGAUCCUGAUCUGGAAUUAAAAAUAUAUAAAGAAAAUGACAACUUGAAUAUUUCUAAAACUGAGGUAGAGGUUUAUCUGUCAUAUAUGAACGGUGCACAGACCAAAAAGAUAUGGUUCAGCGUCCAAAACAUUACCAAAAAACCAGAUCGUAGCACCAUACUGUGCAAAUUCAAAAGGGAAGGAACAGACAAGAUUGACUUUUCCACAGUGAAAGUUUUUGUCAGAUUAGGAAAUUUUGAGCAUGAGGUCAAACCAACAUCAUCACACAUAUAUUUAUAUGUUCUUAUUUUGCUACCCAUUGUGGUGGGUGUCAUUAUAGCGGCAUUCAUAGUUACUAGAUACAAAUCCAAAGAGUUAACUCGUAAACAGAGUCAGCAACUGGAACUGCUGGAAUAUGAGAUUCGGAAAGAAAUACGUGAGGGAUUUGCUGAACUGCAGAUGGAUGAAUUAGACGUGGUGGAUAGUUUUGGAACCGUUCCCUUCCUUGACUACAAACACUUUGCUCUUAGAACUUUCUUUCCAGAGUCAGGAGGCUUUGCAUCCAUCUUCAGUGAAGACAUGCCACAGAGCAGAGACCAAACGAGCAAGGAUGAAAGCUUCAACAUGUUGCAUGCUUUAAUUUGUAACAAGAACUUUCUUGUUACUCUCAUUCACACCCUUGAAAAGCAGAAAAAUUUCUCUGUGAAAGACAGGUGCUUGUUUGCAUCCUUCUUGACUAUUGCACUACAAACUAAGCUAGUUUAUCUAACUCAUAUUUUGGAAGUGUUGACGAAGGACCUGAUGGAGCAAUCAAGCAAUGUGCAGCCUAAGCUCCUGCUCAGGCGAACUGAAUCUGUGGUGGAAAAAUUGCUGACAAACUGGAUGUCCGUCUGCCUUUCUGGAUUUCUCCGGGAGACAAUUGGUGAACCUUUCUAUUUGCUUGUGACAACCCUCAAUCAGAGGAUAAACAAAGGACCUGUUGAUGCGAUAACCUGCAAAGCCCUGUACACGCUUAACGAAGACUGGCUGCUGUGGCAAGUCUCGGAAUUCAAAACAGUGGUAUUGAACGUUAUCUUUGAAAAAAUCCCAGAAAAUGAGAGUGGAGAUGCCUGUCAAACUAUCCAAGUUAAUGUUCUGGACUGUGACACCAUAGGCCAAGCCAAGGAGAAGAGCCUUCAGGCUUUCCUUAAUAAGAAUGGCUUUCUCUACGGUCUUCAGCUGGAUGAAAUUGGUCUUGAACUUGCGUCGGAGGAGCAGCAAAGAGAAUUGUUAGAUAUCGAUGGUUCCUCGGAGGUGAUGGAGGAUGGCAUAAGGAAGCUGAAUACCAUCGGUCAUUAUGAGAUUUCAAAUGGAGACACCAUAAAAGUCUUUAAAAAGAAGGCAAAUACCCGAUCAGACGUGGACUACUCGGAUGAACACUGCCAUUUGAUUUUGCCAGACUCCGAAGCAAACAAAGAUGUAAAAGGAGCAGGUCACAAAGGAAAGCAGAAAUUCAAAGUGAAGGAAAUGUAUCUGACAAAGCUUCUGUCAACCAAGGUUGCAAUUCAUUCGGUCGUCGAAAAGCUCUUCAGGAGCAUUUGGAGUUUACCCAACAGUAAAGCGCCUGUUGCCAUCAAGUACUUUUUCGACUUUCUGGAUGCCCAGGCGGAGAGCAAAAAAAUUACUGACCCCGAUGUGGUCCAUAUAUGGAAAACCAACAGUCUUCCUCUUCGCUUCUGGGUGAACAUACUGAAGAAUCCCCAGUUUGUCUUUGACAUUAAGAAGACGUCACAUAUAGACGGCUGCUUGUCCGUAAUCGCGCAAGCCUUCAUGGAUGCCUUUUCUCUGGCGGAACAGACGCUGGGGAAGGAAGCACCAACAAAUAAACUUCUCUACGCUAAGGACAUUCCGCUCUACAAGAAGGAGGUGAAAGCGUACUACAAAGCCAUCAGGGAUCUGCCUCCCUUGACCACUUCAGAGGUUGAAGACUUUCUAACUCAGGAAUCUAAGAAACAUGAAAAUGAAUUUAAUGAGAAAGUGGCCUUGGCUGAAAUCUACAGGUACAUAGUGAAAUACUAUGAUGAGAUUGUCAGCAAACUUGAGCGAGAACGGGGGUUUGAAGACGUCCAGAAACAGCUCCAGCAAGUGAAAGACUUAUUUGAUGAAAAGAAAAAAUGCAAAUGGCUCUGAGCGGAGCACGGACUUGCAGCGUCGCCGUGGGGGAUUUUCACUGCGCGCUACUGCUCCC